AUGCGACUGCAUAAAGAAAAUGGAGUUAUAAAGAAGUCGGCGGAAGGAGUCAAGAUAUCAGGUGCGCGGGAAGUCAUAUAUAAGAGGAAAAAAUCACUAGCAGAGAAAGGUGAACCGUACGACGAGAACGCAGCCACGACCACACAAUAUACCACCGAACCCAACGUGCAACUGUACAGAAUGUUAGCGAAGAAUAUUCAGCACCAUCAAGCUAUAAUGUCAAUCAUCAACGACUUGGAAUCUAUCAUGAGCGAAUCGAGUGUCCUCAUGCUGGCCGUAAAUUCAAUAAACAUCUGCCUACAAGGUCUUGGAUUUGUAGACGCUUUCCGUCCUGGCGCGAAGAGGACACUUGUUCUGAAGAAAGUGCUGACUUUCCCAGCGUACAUCAACCAGACCGCCCACUUCUGCUGGUACGGCCAGGAAAUCAUAGACCAGAGGCAUCGUCUUACUCUACAGCGUGUGUGGUUUCAGAGCGAGCGGCUGCUGGAGUCUGCCUUCAGCUGCGGCUGGUCGGACGCUGACCAGCGCUUCUGCAGUUCACUGCGCAUCUUCAUGCUGCAGGCGUCGCGACCGCUUAAGCUGCAGAUAGGCAAGAUAUUCACGCUCUCCAGAAACCUCUUCCUGCAGAUUUUGAAUACAUCGUACACCAUCUUCAACAUGAUGAUCAGUUUCUAA